AGGAAAUGACGUCCAUGAGUGCAAUAUCACAGACGUCCGACCUAACAAAUAAGGCAGCUCUUAUUCAGCCUGCAACCGAAAGACCAGUUUAUUACAGAAUGUCAGGUAUUGAAGAAACUUCAAAUGUACUUCAGAAGGAGAGGAGGAGCGAGGAAGAGCCCGAGAUUGACUAUGAAGACCCGUUCCGUUAUGUGUUUUACAGGUAGGCUAAGCUAGCUAGUUAGGCAAGGCUAAGUAGCGUAGCUAGUUACAGUAGCUUGCUGGGCCGAGGAGGAGACGAUGAGUAUAAUAAUAAUAUGCCAUUUAGCAGACGCUUUUAUCCAAAGCGACUUACAGUCAUGCGUGCAUACAUUUUUUUUUUUUGUGUAUGGUUGGUCCCGGGGAUUGAACCCACUACCUUGGCGUUACAAGCGCCGUGCUCUACCAGCAGAGCUACAGAGGACCACAUUAUGUGAAGUCAAAGAUUAUUCUCUGUGGAGAAUAAUGUUUUUCCCCACUUCCCUAACCGGUGUGAGGUAGUUCGCUAACUAGCCAUUGCUUGCCAUGGCUUGAUCUGUAAUUGAUGGUAAACUUACAAUUAGCAAGUUAUUAUUGUUUUCUAUGUUGUUUAAUUUUAUUAAAAGUGAUACCUGAAAAAAUCAGGCCAAUUGUGGUAUUAUCGAAUUGGCCCGAGACUGAACAGUUACCCCAUUCACUAAUGUCUCUCUCUUUACCUUCCCCUCUCUCCCUCCCGUCUCCCCUCACAUACAGAGACAGAAAAGAGUGGGCUGAUUUAGAGCCUGUUCCUCAAGAUGAUGGUCCCAAUCCUGUUGUGAAGAUUGCCUACUCUGACAAGUGUAAGAAAUUGAACUUAGCAUAUCAUUUAAAACCAGACAUCCAUAUUGUUUUAUGUUGUCAAUGUCAUGCAUUUAGCCUACUAAAUAACUCUGAAGUCACUUUAUUUGACUUUGCAUCAGAAACUUUGCACACCAAACAUGUCACAUUUGUCUCCAAUAGUCACAGAUGUGUAUGACUAUUUCCGAGCGUUACUGAAGAAUGAUGAAAAAAGCGACAGGGCACUCGCGCUGACAGCUGAAGCCAUUGAACUGAACGCUGCAAAUUACACUGUAUGGUAAGCAGGUGUUAUUGUGAUUUAUGAACACAACAGUAGAAAACCAAUACUUUUCUUAGAUAUUAUCCUCUCCUUCGAAAAUGAAAAGUGCAAGACCAUAAAGAAAGGGUGAACAUUUCCUCUCUCCAUUUUGUGUGUGUGAAGGCACUACCGGCGAGUGUUACUGCAGGCCCUGGAGAAGGACCUGAGAGAGGAGAUGAGGUACAUCACAGCCAUCAUCGAGGACCAGCCCAAAAACUACCAAGUCUGGUGAGCUCUGCCAAUCUAGAUUUUAAGUGUUGUCGCUAUACCAGUAUCACAAUCCGACCAUAGUUGAGGCAGACUAAACUCUAUGGUUCUUUAAGAACCUACUUUAUGUAAUAUAUUGUGUACUAUACUUUAAAAAAAAUUACAAAUGUGGUUGGAUGACAACAUCAUCCAACAUUGGGUUGUGAGCAUAAAGACACAUUUCCGUUCUCUGCAAGUUGGACAAUAAAGUUCUUAUUUUUCUUCUUCGGUUCUACACAAAGACUUAACCGUCUGCUCCCUAUCCUAGGCACCAUAGACGAAUGGUGGUGGAGUGGCUGAACGACCCCUCGGAGGAACUGGAGUUCAUUGCAGAGAUCCUAAGUCAGGACGCUAAGAACUACCAUGCCUGGCAGCACAGACAGUGGGUCAUCAAGGUAGGAGCCUCAACAACCAGGCUGCGUUUGUAACCGAUGGUGAAUUGUUAGCUAGUAGCGUCAUACAGUAGUGUUACAUGAUUUGCAAUCAAACUGAAAAAGCAUUGUGAAUGUAGCCUACCUCAGACUCAAUGGCCCAAUUUUGAAUAUGUUAUCAGCUCCAGAUUUAUGGUAAUGACACCAAACGCUGUUGAUUAGCAUAAUUCAUUUUUGCAUGUCUAUGUAAAUGAAGUCACAUUUGCAUUCUGCCACCAAACAGGCUCUCUGAAAUGGGCUGCAUUGAUUAUAUGACUGCAGUUUUAUUUUACUACAGUUAUGUGUGACUGAAUAGAUUGUAGAUUAUUGUCUUGGAAAGUGUCUAGUAGCGGAUGGAUCAAAAAUAUGUCUCUAGGAUAUCAGAAUGAAUGGCGAUUUCUGAACAAGAAAAUCCUUUAUGUGCAGUGAAUAUGAAUCACAAAUCAGAAUGGUCACAUGCCAUUGGAAUAGACAAUAGCAAGGACAAUGGUGUGUUUGUCUGUCAGUACUAAAUAAGUGUACUCCAGAAGUACAAGCUGUGGGACAGUAAGCUAGAGUAUGCCUCUACUAAGUUAGUUUUUAUGGAGUGUGUGUGUCAGUACUAAAUAAGUGUGUAUUAUUUUCUAGGAGUACAAUCUGUGGGACAGUGAGCUGGAGUAUGUGGAGCAGUUAUUGGAGGAAGAUGUGAGGAACAACUCCGCAUGGAACCAGAGGCACUACAUCAUCUCGCACACGAAAGGCUACUCAGACCAAGCCAUACGCAACAGAGAAGUGCAGUAUGUACCUGCUUUCCCUACAAGCUGUAUCUCAUGUCAGCCCCACACCUUACUACUGUUGAGUAGAAACUGAACAUGGGAAAGGCUUGGUCCAGAAAAAACCUCCUAGCCGCUACCCAUUUGGCACUUCAUCCUCCUAGCCCCUACCCACUCCAUUUAUCUAAAAGGAUGUGACAGGUAUGAGCAACAUGAUAGUAACUCCACCUUGCCUUCUGAUAGGCUUGGUAGGACUUCCAGCAUUAUACCUAUCAAACCCUUUAGAAUUUCCAUGGGUAAGGGAUUGUUUUUGAAAAUGGGGUAGGGCUUGUUUCUGGACUGGGCAAAGAUUUACAGUGUGCUACGUCAGACAUAUGUGAUGAAUGUGUUCUCAUUCUGUCUUUUUUAAGGUACAGUCUCAAACAGAUUAAGAAGGCUCCCCACAACGAAAGUGUGUGGAACUAUUUAAAAGGGUAAGUGUCAUACAGGAUUCAUUCAGUAGGGAAUUAAAUCAUACAUAAUUAAUAACGUCUACAUAAUAACGAGUCUACAGCGUUAUGGGUAAUAACACACUUACCUUGCUAUAUGACUGUGCAGUUUUGUUUUACUACAGUUAUGUGUGAUUGAAUCGAUGUAUUGUCCUGGAAAGUUUCUAUCCCCCACCAGCAGAUGUCCCCUGUAGCUCAGCUGGGAGAGCAUGGCGCUUGCAACGCCAGGGUUGUGGGUUCGUUUCCCACGGGGGGCCAGUAUGAAAAUGUAUGCACUCACUAACUGUAAGUCGCUCUGGAUAAGAGCGUCUGCUAAAUGACAAAAAAAAUAAAAAAUUUAAGUCACCAUGUUUACUUUAGGACAGGGGUCUGCAACCUUUAUGAUCGGAAGAGCCCUUUUUUCCUCACAAACAGUGUUGAGAGAGCCACACAAUACAUUUGAGCCUUUGCCAGCCAAUAGCAGCAAUAUCUGAUAUUCAGCACCUCGGAUAGCAGUCAGAUCAAAUUACCAUGAAAUCUGACUUUCAGGGUCACAGAGCAGUGGACUCAGCGUUUCUGGUGAAGGUGUAGGGAGAAUCAAUCUCGUGAACAUACAUUAAAUAUGCUACAGGAGUGAUGUUACUUUUUGUGAGGAAAAACAGCCUGGACAACACCCUGUCGUUCUCUGCAAAUCUCAAAGCAGUGACUCACUCCUGCAGGUUCAUGCUCUACAACAUCCAUAGAGUAUGACCCUACCUCACACAGGAAGUGGGGCAGGUCCUAAUCCAGGCACUUGUCAUCUCCCGUCUGGACUACUGCAACUCCCUGUUGGCUGGGCUCCCCGCUUGUGCCAUCAAACCCCUGCAAUUUAUCCAGACUGCCACAGCCUGCCUGGUGUUCAACCUUCCCAAGUUCUCCCAUGUCACCCCGCUCCUCUGCACAGUCCACUGGCUUCCAGUGGAAGCUUGCAUCCACUACAAGACCAUGGCACUUUGCCUACGGAGCAGCAAGAGGAACUGCCCCUCCCUACCUUCAGGCUAUGCUCAAAAUCUACACCCCAACCUGUGUACUAGGGAUGAUUAUUUUCUCCUAAAUCUACGAAGUUUCAAUACCGGGAAUAAUUCAUAUUUAUCACGAGAGUCCCAGGAAAUAUCGCAAAUUGAAAGUGCCCAUUUAAAGCGUUUAAAACCAAGAUAUGGCCACUAUGCCAGGGUUCUCCCCAAAUAAGAUGGGCGCUGCGCCACCUUGUCGGCUUGGUUGCCCCACUAUGUAAAGAUGUCAGAGCAAAUUAAACUGAUAUUAAGUAAUGAUAGAGUAAAUGUUUGAUCGGCAUUGAUGUGAAUUGCAAAACAAGCGGUUCAUAAAUUCAGAGCGGUAUCAUGUUCCUCAAUUCAGGGCAUUUCAGCAGUAAUCCAUCUCGACACAGCACACCCCGUGUAUAGCGUUGUCGAAUCAUACAAACUUUCUAACGGCAGUCAAACAAAAGUCAAAUGACCAAAGUUGCUAAGCUUGCUAGAUAUUCUGUCAUUAGUUGGAGGUUAUCUCCUAUAUUUGGCUAAAUCGAGUGGAUGAUUAUACAGAUAACAGAUCAGCUCAUGAAUAAUGGUCAGAUGAAGAGUGGAAAUAGUUUAAAUAUCAAGGUAUCUUAACUGGGACCAACUCUGUUUAAUAAAAUAUCCAUAUCUACUCUCAUACCGUAUGUUGAUCACACAUUCUUUACCGAAGCUCUCAUAUGGGCAGCAAGAAUGAGAAGUGGGGGAAAUGUUAUAGCGGUAUUUUGACAUGCAUAGGCGAGACGUGCUUUGAUAAUGUAACCUAUGGAUUACAGAAGAAAGAAUUUUCAUGCGAGACAGGAGUCAGGAUUUUGGUUUUCACAGACUUAAUGUCUGUGACAGAGAUGCCUAUGUAGUGAAUUGUGCAUAGGCCUAUCAAAUGUAUGACUGGAGUCACAAUGACAGCUCAAAGAGGCACACGCUAUUUAUAGGCUAUACUGUAGGGGUUUCCUGUAGGGUUUAUUAACAAAUCGGGUCGCGUGUGCUUUGUGUGAACUAAAUACACUAGGCUAAAGGCUUCCAUGCGACAACCUGUUUUGAUAAUGUGCUAUUACAUUUUUUGCUAAUCUGAUGCUGCACAUGUUGUGUAUCUUAUGGAAUUGCUUUAGUGCCGACAUUGGGGCAAAAUAUAAUUUCCUGGGUCUUGUCAUUUUUUUUGGGGGGGGGGAAUUAGAAGUGUUCCCGGGAUCCCAGUUACCCAUGUCAAUCCAUACAGAGUACUCCAUUCUGCUACCUCUGGUCUCUUGGCCCUCCCGCUCAGCACAGUCAAAGCUCUUUUCUGUCCUGACACUCCAAUGGUGGAACCAGCUUCCCCCCUGAAUCUAGGACAGCAGAGUCCCUGCCCAUCUUCCAAAAAAAAUCUGAAACCCGACCUCUUCAAAGAGUAUCUUAAAUAAUCCCACUGCAGUUUAUGCAUAGGCAAAUGAGCCCGAAAGAAACACCUGAAUUGAAGUUAUGAUUGUGCCAUUAUAUAAUACACAGCCAACUGCAUAUUAUGCAUGGCAGAAAACAAAACUGAUUUAAGAUGCCUUUGCUACAUAAUUGGUCUAGCCUAUACUCCAAAAUUAAACAAAUUUGAGUAAUCGCCUUUGAGUGUGGACUGUAUUAUUAUGCAUAGUGGAUGGACUGGUUUACUUAAGCUGUGCUCCAACAUUUAUAUCCAUGAGUCUGGUAGAGAACGUAUAGCCCUAGGCGAUGCUGUUGGUUCACUGAUUGUGCAUGGCACCUUACAGUUAGCCUACAAUGAGUGAAUUUGAUUUUGAAUCGCCUAGUAAUAGGGAAUUUUUUAUAUUUUCAAUUAAUUGGGUGACAUUAUCUUUAGAUAAACAGAAUCUCACCACCAUGCGUUUCCAUCUCUCAAUCCUUUAUUCCUUUCUCGAGCACGCAGACGGGCUGUCAACUGUUUAGAGAAACAUGUUAUUGUCGAUGUUACCGAACAGAUUACACUUGGUUUCCCAAAUUAAGCACUGGGUAGCUGCAGGAACAAGUUUAGAAGGCCCAUGGCAUACAGAGUUUGGGCUGAAUAUCACCUGUCGGGCAGCGAGAGCAUGCGCCUCGAACAGUGGUUGAUGCAGUGGAGUAAAAUAAGUGUUAGAUUUACUUCCCAAAGCACAUGCAUGCUCCGCUAUAAAACCGAAGUAGCUUACAAAACGGACCGGCGGGAAAGCGCACGGCCUCCCUUCGCUAUUCGAGUGCAAACAGAUGACAUGUAUUAUUAUUUAUUUUUUCAUAUUAGUAAAGACAAGAUUCAAUUCAGAAUAGUCUGAUGGCGGGUGAAAAUAGGAUCAUUUGAUGAGAGAAGAGAUGUGCAGCCUGAGGCAAGGAACGGAGCACAAGCUUUUUUUUUUGCUACUUUCUCAAACCAUCAAUAGCCUAUAGUCGUACCAUUCAGCCCAUAAGGUUUAUGUCAUUCUCAACUAAAGUUGCCAAAUAACUCUAAAUGUAGCAUAUAGGACCUGUUUCAAAUUAUCACUUUUAUGCUCAACAUAGCCACUUCAUAUAUGCGCACUUGCUCCAUAAUGGGAGAAAUAAACGUUACAUUAUAUUCUUCUUACUAUAAAAUCAUGUAAAAUAAAAGAAUGGCACAGGACUUAAGCAUAUCUUCUCAGCUAAAUGAACAAGCCUACAGCCUGGAGCAUAGCCAGAUAACAUAGGCAUACUGUAGGCCAACUCAUAUUCUGUUCUUCUGAAAUACAUUUUCUUCAUAUAAUAAUGUUUCUUUAGACCUGACUAAAAUAAAUAAUGGAUGUUUUGUGAUGGUGUAUAUAAAAUUUAUUUAGACUUUUUAAAUUGUAGAUGUUCCAAAGGCCCGCAUCAGUGGCUUGUAUGUGUGGAGAUGCUUAACAUGUUUAUGGUAAUUAAUGGUAAAAUACAGUGAGACCGACAGUCUUUUGCAUGCCAAUAACCGGCUGUCAAAAUGUAAUGACUGCCACAGCAGCCCUAAUCUCAGAUAGUCCCGAUCUUUCCAAACCCAUGGGGGAGGGGGUCAAGAGCUGCUGGUUGCCGACCCCUGGUUUAGGAGCUCUGAAUAGGGAUACUGCUUUUGCGGAGUUGGUCUACGCUUUUCACACCCCUCUUCCCCCCCCCAGGAUUCUACAGGACCUGGGCCUGUCGUCCCACCCGGGUCUCCUGGAGCAGAUCCUGGAGCUCAAGGAGACCCACUGCUCGCCCUACCUGUUGGGCUUCCUGGUGGACAUCUACGAAGACUCCCUGGAAAACACCUCGGGAUACCAGGAGGAAGUCCUCAGUAAGGCCCUGGAGGUGAGCAGCACUGGGACCUAUCUGACUUUAAGGGAUAGUUUAGCACGCUGUCCUACUAGACUUAAAGGGAUAGUUCAGCAUGGGGACCUGUCUGAUUUAAAAGAAGAGUUCAACAUGGGGACUUCUCCCACUUAAAAGGAUAGUUCAGCACAUGGACCGAAUGUAUGGGAAAUUAGGCACUAUCUUAUUUGGGAUUACUCUAAAGUAGUGUAAUCCCAACUCUAAACUAAUUUAGUGGCAGAAAUGGGAUCGUGCACUCACGUGAAAGUCUUUAGAUCACUGAUUCUCAAUCAAUUUCCUGGAGGACCCGAAGGGAGUGCACAUUUUUAUUUUAGCCCAGCAGUAGCACACUUGAUUCAACUAAACACCAAGCUUUGACAAGUUGAAACAAAUGUGCUAGUGCUCGGCCCGAACAGAAAUGUGCACAUCUCAUCUUGGGGAUCCCUCAGGAAUGCACUGGGAAACUUGUGUAAAUGCUGAAGAACUUGGCAACAAUGUGCAGAGAAUGGAAAUUGUGUCUUCUACCAUAGCCGAGACAUCUUCCUUUGUACACCUCGAGUAUAAAACAUUGACUGAGAGUCAAUCAGGGUAGAGCAGCCCUCGCACAAAGAGUUCAAGGCUGAGGAACAAGGAAAAUCAGUCGGAAUUAUUCAACAAGUCGGAUUUGAAAACGCUUUAUCCUAUCGCACCGGAUUUCUUGCAUGUUUUUCCAAGUCUCCAAUGACAGUCCCUGGCAGUUUGAGUGACAGCUCGUAUGUUGCCUCUAUUUUGGGCAACUAAAUGCUCGGGUGUCUGUCGGAGUUAAUUAGGUUUCUUGGGAAGUGUUUAAUUUUUUUUGCUGUUCUCAAUUGUUUAAAAAUAAAUAAAUAACUUGGCUAUGCUUAUAAUCAUCAACAUGGGCAUUGUCCCAGUCAGAAAAUGCGCUACAGGAGCUCUGAUGCAUAUUUGAGUUCCGGCUAAUCAGAAAUGCAUGCAGCGGGAAGGGAUUUCAUUAAAUUGGUUGUUGAAAAUGAGAUUCUUAUUUUUCCACCUUUAUUAACUUAGAAAAAGGAUGUUUCUCAAUGCUAGUGCAACCGUGAGAGGUGUAAAAUGUAUGUUGAGUAGCCACUAGCCAGCUACUUCACUACCAGUAUGUCUACCAUGGCUAUGUUAGCUGUGGUAAUGGAUGGAAGAUAAAUAAUGACCAGGUAAUUCGAUUUGCACAUAAGCAAACAAGCAAGUGUUAGCAAAUCAGCACAAAGUUACAAACCCUUGGGUUGCAAGACAAUGCAAAAAUAAAACAUUUUGAUUUGGCAUUCUUUGAGCAAUGAAGUGAACAUUAUCUGUUUUUUUUUACCCCACAUAACAUUACCACAUCAAUUCUUCCUUUAAUCUUUCUGCUCUGUUGUGUAAAUAGAUAUUGUCCACUCUGUCCAUCUCUCGUCCCUUGCACCUUCAACCCUUUAAUCCUGCUAUAUCCCUAACCCUCUCUCUGUCUCUCUCCAUCCCCCCUCCCUCUCCUCCUGUUCUCACCCCAGCUCUGUGAGCUCCUGGCCCAUGAGAAGGACACCAUCCGGAUGGAGUACUGGAGCUACGUGGGCCGCUCCCUGCAGACUAAAUACGGCUCCAGUGACCCCUCUACCACCACCAGCGCCCCAGGAACUGACCCAGGAUCAGCCUCAGGCUCCGUUCACCAGGAGACACCCUGCAGUAGCUGAGAGAAGAAGACAUAGAACCCAAUGGGAGUCGAGGGAGCAACCGCUUUUAACCAGCCCAAGUUUGUUUGGCAAUAGCGCAGCAUUACCACAUACAAAGAGAGAAGUAACAAAAUAAACACUUCUAGCUUACUGUAAAAGAGGUAACUCACUCCAGAUAAGUGUUAUGAAUUAGGGUUGGAUCUUCCCUGGAUUUCUAGAUAUGGACAGCUGCUGUCACUGUCAUGCAUUGAAGUUUAUAGCCAUAGUUGAACUAGAUUGGAUGUUGAUUGUGAGUGUGUGGUAACGAGUAAUUACUGUGAAAUUAGGCUUGUUUUGGAUUUCUUCUGUUGCGCAGUACACAGGAACACUGUAGCUAAGAAGCCGUUGAGCCAUUAACUAAUCUCUGUGUAGAUUCAUAUUGAUGACGUUGCCAAAACGGUAUAACCAAACUCUGCAUUGCUGUAGGCUACAGUCUUUUGUACGCUACAACUAAUUAUAUGAUUAUUCUAAACUGGAAGUUUUGCCCUAGUCUUUUUUUCCCCUCUCGAUUCUAACACACGUGUCUCUCAUUCUAACGUACCUACUUUUCAGUCAUUUUCGUUCGCUGUACUUGGCAUAAUGCGCCUGUGUGUUGGAGUUCAGCCAGUAAUUGUCUCAUCUGGAUUCGCUCCCACUAACGAGCGAGAUGAAUAAAACACACCCGCUCAUUGAACACCUAUUUCACCGUAUUAACGGUUAGCCGCUGAGCUAAAAUACAUUAACCAGGGAUUGUUUUUGGUCAUUUGGAUUUACACAUCGAAAGCAUGACUCAAUCGCAAUGGCUUCCCCAAAUGAAAUUGGCCCCGUAUUGCGAAACCAAAUUAUUAUUUUGUACUUUGCUUCGACUGUAAUUUAUAGCUGAUAGGUUAGGGGGGAAAAAGGCGUAUCAUCUUAAAUCACUGGGCUAAAAGAGUCAAAUCACAAUUAAAUGGAGCAGCAUGAGGUUAGCUUCCGGUCUUUUCUUUCUAGUUAAUUGAUUCUGGAGCCAUUGCAUCCAUCUCUGCAGCUCCAAAGGCUAUAAAAGGACCGUUGGA